AUGUCGUUUGGUUAUUCCGUCGGAGACUUCAUACUGCUCACACAACUAGCGUACGGAGUCGUCCAAAAUGCACGCAAAGCCUGCGGCGCUCAUCAUGAACUCGCACGAGAAAUCGGCGGUCUCCAUAUCGUCCUAGGACGGGUUGAAGUCGAGGUGUCGAAGCCGGAUUCCAUUCUCAAUAACAACGAAGACAAUCGAAGGAGGGAGCUGGAAAAGUUGGCAAGACACUGCGAGAGGAUCUUGAGGGUCUUGAAGCAGAUUUUGGACAAGUAUAAUGCACUGUCGGAGGAAAGGAGGAGUGUCACGAAGCUCUGGCAGAAAGUCAGGUUUGGCAAUGGAGAGAUGUUAGAUUUGGGGAAGAUUAGGUCGGAACUUGCAACACAUACACAGGCACUUAACAUGUUCUUGAACUUGUUAUCUAUUGGAUCACAGGGAAAGGUGGAGAAGUAUAUGGAUUCCCAUGGCGAAGAGCUUCGAGACAUCAAGCACUCUCUGCAUUGGGUCACUUCUUCUAUGCAGGCUAAGAGUCAUGAAGAGAAGUCGAUUCUGACAACAUACGGAGAUGACGACAAAGCGAUAUGGAAGGCGUUUCGAAGAGAGCUCAUUGAGGAAGGAUUCUCCGGGCGAUUGUUGGACCGACAUAAGAGUACCAUCAAGAAUUAUGUGAUGGAACUUGGAGAAAGAGGUGCUUUGGAUGAACCUAUCCAGCAAACACCAGAAGAAGAUAUCGAAGCUCAAAGCAUGUCACCCCCCGAACGACCAAGCUCUCCAGUAUUCUUGGACUCCAGUUCUGAUUCGGGAGAACUUACUGACUCCGAAGCUGAAGACGAGCAAGCUGGUCAAGGUGUUCUUACGCAUCUGGAAGAAUUAUCAAGCCCCACUGCUGGCCAACAAAUGGAGGAAGCCCACAGCAGUUCCAGCAGCCAAAAUGAGAGUGACGAAGAUAAUGACCAGGGAUGCUUUACACCUCUAAGGCCGCCCACCAAUACUUUUGCUACAACGGCACUACCGAGCAAAUGCACCAGUCCUUCCGAUAACAAUUCAGACAAAGACUCGAUCCCGUUUGAUAGGAUGGCUAGUCAGAAAAUCGAAGACCAUAAUGCACCACAACAAACUUGCAAAUCGACCGAUGGAGAAUAUAGGGAGAGACAUGGCUUAUAUAGACCGCGUCGCGAAGGUUUGAUUCUCAAAGUAUUUGCAACUACGGGCUAUGCUAACCCUAAUUUACAGUUCACUUAG